AUUCAGGGAAUUCUGGGAAAUACCUCAAGUAAAACUCCGGUACUUAAUUAACGGCAGGGAUUUUAAAAUUUCCCUACCCCCCCCACAUAUUCCCGAAUAUGGAGCCCAAACAGAAAUGAAAUCUUGCGUGGAAAUGCUUAAGUUUGUCGGAAUUAAUCGUAUGGCUUGUUUCAAUAUGAAGAGAUGAUUGCACGUAAUUAUUUAGCUUUGGCUAUAAUAAAAUCCGAUUGCGAUAUUUGUAAUGUGACCAGAUUUGUGCGAUCUACCAUGAUAACUGACUGGCAUUGGUAAUGCCGUACCAUGUCCGAGGGACAUGCUGGACAUAGCGGGGAAGUUCCAGGGUAAAAUCCCCGCAAAAAGGAAACCAGACAGAAAAACGGUAAGCCGCUAGAACUUCCAGCACAUUUCGGCCAGUGGAUGUCUGAAGUACUUUACUCCGCUUAGUGGUCUAAUAGGAGAAGAAUGUAACACUAAGGAAUGCCAUCUACUCGAAAGCCACCAGAUUCCCGGUCAUUUACCUCGCAUCGUGUACAGAUUCAAGUCCGAACAUCUGGGUGUAUUCGGCAUAUAAAUAGCUUUAUUAAAGACACCACAGAAAACAGAGACUGAAAGGACACUGCGACCGCAGCUUGAGGGCUGCCAGUCACCCAUACGCCGAAUGACACGCUCCGGAAAUAACAGCACUAGAUUAUUUUGACAGAAAAAUUCUCUUCACCAUGGCCUGGGUAAAAUGGAGAUGGAUUCAACUAAUUGGAUGCAUGAUUCUGCUGGUCCAAAGUGAAGAAAACUACAUUUACAAUGCAACGGUCACUGUGCAAGUCGGUGACAACAUCAUGUUGGCCUGCUCUACCUCAGCCACCUAUCAGGAGAAGGACCUGCGCGUCUUCUGGCAGCGAGAGCAGUCACAAGGAAGGUCCUCUUCAGACGUGGUGUUGACUUUCAAACAGGGCAUAAUCACUGAAAUGAACCAAAAGGACAGCUUCCGUGGUCGAGUAGAAGUCUUUCCCAAUGAACUGACCAGGGGGAACUUCAGUCUGUUACUGAAAUCGGUGCGGCCUGCGGACGUCGGCCAGUACGAAACAAUUAUCGUGCCUGAAAAAAACAGCAACAGACCUCGCUGCAGGACUCAGCUCAAUGUUGGAGCCCCCUUCAGCAAGCCUCGAGUGACCGUGGAAGUCUGUACGGAGUCCACGUGGCCCUCGGAGAUCCGCUGCGAGACUUGGGGCGGAUUCCCAGAGCCUCUCAUCCACUGGAUUGUGGGGACUCAGGCAAUCGACUCAGACCAAGUGAAGACCAAUAGCAGCACCACCAACGGAAGCAUCUCUGUGACGAGCAUACUGCACCUCUGGUCUCAGGAAGAAAUUCCGGUUACCUGCAUUGUGGAAAACCCAAUUCUACGCACAAAUGAAAGCAGCACACAGACAAUCCAUCACUGUGAGGAUCCUGCUGUCAAUUUGUACGGACUCCUGGUUCUGGUGCCGAUUCUGCUCAUCCAGCCGAUUCUUGUUUAUCUCUUUUGCUUCUCCAAAAAAAAAUCUGCCUGUCGAUCGACCCAGGAGCAAGCAGAAGAGAGCACUACUGCACCCCCUGGUGGGCAGGGAUCACAGGACAACGCUAAUGUUACCAUACAUCUCUUAGAGUAAGAAUGCAGCUGUAUGGAAGCUUCCUUGCUCUGCCCACAGAUCGAGUGGAUCCCCCAGACACAGCUAGGGUGACUUUGGUACCUCCAUCACAGCCACCGAUGAACCACUGAUCUUCUAAAAGGUCAGGGACAUCCCAAGGAAAGUCGGCGAGUUUCCACACUGAGGAGGGGGAGGCAUUGUCACUGAAAUGGCAGCUGGAUUGUAUUGACAUGGUCUUCCUGGAGGAAUGAGCACUCAGGCCGGCGACAGGGAGAUCACUUUGUGCUGCUUCUUCAUGAAGCAGCGAGCACUGAAGAUCACCAUGGUCUGGUCUCAUUGUGACUUACUGUGACGCUGUUCACCAACUACCUCUUCAUGUGUAUAAUUUAUUACUGUCUCUUACACUGUUAUACCUAACCCUACUAAUCCGUGUUGUCCUUUUGGCCUCAGCAUAUUGUAUUAUUUCCCUCCUGAUGCGGGCAUUGAGUGCUUUACGGCCGAUUUUUUUUUGUGCUGGAUCUUAAUGACGUCGAGGUGUUACUGAACUCUCGCUGCUACUGAAAACAUCUCAGAAUUUCUCAUUUUUAAAGUGAUCCAAAGGAGGCAUUUUGUUUAAAAAGGUGAAAGUAAAGGUAACCCUUUUUUUUUAGACAUGUCAGUCCUAAACACAGCGAUGGGAGACACAAGUUGACUGGUUUACUCUUUCUCGGGGAAUCCACGACUGCCAAGGGCUUACAACGUGGAUAGGCGGGUGGAUGGAAGAUCGAAGCAUAUUUGUCAUUUUGUUAAGUGACAAUUACAUCCAUCUCAAUCAGUCUAAUCGCUGUAAAAUGAGACCAGCCAACACGACGAGAAUGUGAACGGUACUCACUGGGUGACUCUGCUUUAAAAUACUGAAAAUCAGCUAACAGAGAGACACAUGGCACUUUUAAAAUAUAAUGUUCUCUUGUAUCCUUAGAGUAGGAAUUAUAUUGUUAAUUUUAACUACCGUUGUGUUCUGUAUUUACAGAGUCCAUUCUAAACUUGACUGUACGAGUUGGACUUAUUAAACAUUCAGGGUGACAUAAAAAAGCAAUUUUAUUUGCAAUGAAUGAAACGAUUAAAACACGCGAGAAACUGCUGUUUCUUGUACGUACAGACAAUGCUGUGUUGUGACGGACGGACGUAUCUGCAUCAUGACUUUGUCAGGGUGCGUUUCAUGCCAUACUUCCCAGAAGGAAGAUACCUACAUGGGUGUUAUAUCUACAUGCACUGAUGUCUGAGAAAUGAGUCCUACUCACUGCACACAGCUGCAAUGAUUUAUGCGUCGCCUGUCUGCUGCUAAACCGCAGCCUGAUUCUGCUGGGCUUGCGUUCCUGCAAUUUCCCAGGAACAAAUGUAUUUUAUAACAUGUCAGUAGAUUGAAACAUUCGUAUUUAACUUUAUGUAAAGAGGAAACGAAAAAAUAAACGUUAUAUUAUUUAAAGAUGCUGACGUAGCGAUCUGAUGUAAUGCCUCACUUUCUGCACGAAAUGAACGGAAUUUAAAAUAACUCUUUUGAUAUAUAUUUUUGCAUUUAUAUAUGGAUGUCACUUAUCAGACAACAUGUAAAGACGUGUUAUAAAUAUCGUACAAGCAAUUUGUAUACCACCGUGAAUUAUAGCUAUAUCUUGCCAGCAACUAAAGCUGUAAAUAUGAAGCAAGACAUAUAUAAACUAUAUACAUCAAGUACUCGCAAUCAUGGGAUGUCAAAUGUGUUAUUUACAAUAAAUGAGUUUUGUUGUCUAA